AUGCACACCAUCCACCUCGCAACCCUGGUGCUCGCCAGCCGCGCCUUCGCCCACGGCGGCGACCACAGCCAGAAGCCCAUGGUGGACGAGAACGCCGACUGGAUGACCAAGCACAUGGCUGAGGAGCACCAUAUGGAGGGCUGGGAUGCUGCAUCCUUCUUCACCCUGCACGAUUACAACAGCGACGGCCUCUGGCAGGGCGACGAAAUCCUGCGCACAUACGGCCUCUUUGACGAGUCGAACCGCCACAUCUCGGAGGAGAAGCGCUUCGAAAUCCUCCAUGACAUCAUGAAACUGUUGGACGCCAACCAGGACGGCACCGUCACCCGCUCCGAGUGGGACGACUUCAUCCACAGCGGCAAGACGCUGCCGGAUAUGGGCGUCGGCCCGGGUCACCACGGCGACGACGAGUACGAGUACGAGAUUCACCAUUGGGAGAAGUACCACGACGAGAACACCAAGCUCGAAGAUCUGACGCACCCCGAGGACAUUGAGCACUUCAAGAAGCACGAGGAGAUGGAGGACGAGCAGGAGAGGUUAGAGCAACUCGACCAGAUGGCCGUUGUCGAGGGCAACAUCCCGCAAAAGUUUCGGCGGUCAUAG